GCUGAUCAUAUGAUGGGAUUAGCUCCGGCUGAAGAGCAGCAACAUCUCAGUAGAAUCACAGCCUGCAUCUUUCCCAACAUUCAAAGCGUGUUCGAGAAGACAUGGCGUGGCAGAGGAGUACUUGACAUUGAUGUCGGCUGAGGUUCUUGCUGAUGGACCCAGGUUGAGUGAAUAGAAUCCAUGGAAGGGUGCUGCAGCUGACCCACCCUCAAGCACAAUGUCAUAUGGGUCUUUAGAUGGAAGUUCUUUUGCCACUCGUAACCCAUUUGGAGGCCCUUCAAGGCAGGGUUACCAGCCAGUAGCCACACAGGUGAGCCCUUCAGAACUGGAGGAUGUUUUUCAGGAGACCUCCUCCAACAUCUUCCAGAUCAACAGCAAUGUUGUCACCCUGGAGAAAAAUCUGCAGUCAAUGGGAACAUCCAGAGACACAGCAGAGCUGCGACAGACUCUACACUCCACUCAACAGCAAACCAAUAAAGUCAUCACCACCACCAGCCAUCUCAUCAAACAGCUGUCCGACAUCAUCAGUGGGUCCUCACGGCAAGACCGCCUGCGUCUCACCAGGCUAAAGACUGAACUCUCAGAGUCUGUGCAGCGGUAUGGAGAUCUACAGAAGAAAAUUGCAGAACGCUCAAGGGCUUUGUUACCACCGGCGCAGACUGACAAGAAGAGUCCCCAGGUCAUGUCCAGUGAGAUAAACGAGGAAGGGCUGCUGUUUGGAGAAGGACCAGCUUCUGAAAGAGCUCAAGUGUUCCUGUCCGAGAUAAGUGAGGAGGAUGUAGAGGUGCUUCGCGAGAGGCAGAACGCUCUGCUUCAAAUCGAAAGAGACAUGUUGGAUGUCAGUCAAAUCAUGAAGGAUCUUGCCAGCUUGGUGCACGAACAAGGAUCAUCAAUAGACAGCAUUGAAGAUUACAUCCAGACCGCUUCAUCCAACGUGGACCUGGCCAAUCAGGAGCUCUCUAAGGCCAACCAGUAUCAGAGACAGCUGAGGAAAAGAAAGUGUUACCUGGCAGUGGCUGCAGCCAUCGUCCUUUCCAUCCUCAUCCUCAUCAUUGCUGUUUCAGCAAGAAAAUGAAUCAGGCGUCUGUG